AUGGUUCCAGGUGAUGACGUGGACAUGGAUCCAGCAAUCUCUAGGGCUUUCUUGGUUGCUCUUUGUAAGAAUGGGUUCCCAUCGACUCAACAGUCUGAUGGUGAUAAGUUGAUUACAGUACUGCUUCAUCAGUUUAGGCAGCAAGUUGCUUCCUUUGAGGAUGAAUCCAUUGAGAGUUUAGAGAAGCAAGAGAUUAUUUUCAAGUUGAUAAGCCAUGUUUUGGGUAAAGUGAAGGUUGAUUCUAAGCUCCAUGAUCAGGUGAGUUCUAUAGCUAGAAGAAAGCUUCAGUCCAUGUCUGCAUUUCUCAAGAAGCUUGCUUAA